GCUUGACCGUGUCGGGCGGCGCCGCCUGUGAUUGGCCAAAGAUUUGAACUGUUCAGUUUUGUGGUGUUGUUUAAAGUACUGAGAUCGGCGACCAGCUGAGCAGCGAAUACUUGUGGUUAUUAAGGACUGUUGCGGCGUGCCUUGUUGAGGAUAGCAGUAGAGAGAGACACAGGAGAGAGUUGAAUAUGGCUCGCACAUGUGAUGACUCGUACGAGUUUAAUGCUCCUAAACACUACUUUGAUCUAAAUGCAGAGGACAAUGAAGUGGAUGAAUCAUAUUUUGACUGCCCAAAGAGUGCUGAAAUAAUUAAAGAGGAAGGCAAUUUUCGGAGAAAGCCAAAUGCACCAGAUACGCCUUCACUUGCUUCCACUACAGAGGUUCCAAGUGCACCAGCUGAACCUUCACCUGCUUCCACUAUGGAGGUUCCAAGUGCACCAGCUGAACCUUCACUUGCUACCACUGUGGAGGUUCCAAGUGCACCAGCUGAAUCUUCACCUGCUUCCACUAUGGAGGUUCCAAGUACACCAGCUGAACCUUCACCUGCUUCCACUACGGAGAUUCCAAAUGUACCAGCUGCACCCUCGCCUGCUUCUACUGCGGAGAUUCCAAGUGCACCAGCUGCACCUUCGCCUGCUACCACUGCGGAGAUUCCAAAUGUACCAGCUGGUCCUUUACAUGCUACCAUGGAGACACCAGUGAGACCACGCGUUGUCUCUCAAAGUACCAGAGACAGAGAUCCAGAUCCAGAGAACAAAGAAAACAUUAACGGCAACUCGGUUAAGAGCAACAAAUCUGUGAAACGUAGGAAAAGCCUCGCAGGCAGGACGUCAAGUGUUGGUGUCAGAUAUUCCCCACGACUUGCUGCAAUUGCUAAGGCCAUACGUAGAAGCAGUGCUUCCAGACAGUCACUUGGUAAAUCAAGUCCCCAUGAAUUUGAAAAGAAUAAAGUUCACAAAACCAGGACACACAAGCAAUCUGUAUCCAAGGUUACAGGAGUACAGGGCUUAAGCCCAGAAGAUAAAAUAGAUUUAGAAAAGAUUGCAACAUUUAGACAAAAAAUGGCUGACAAUAAGAAGAAAACUGCCACAAAGCCCCUAGAGUUUCACUUUGCUACUGACAGUAGAUUAAGAAACCAGAAAAAAGCUGAACCAGAAAUUAAAGAGCCCAAGACUCAGGGUUCUUCAAAGCCUGGUAAACUUGAACGUACAGUGCCCCAGGAAUUUCAUUUUGCUACUGAUAGUCGCAUAAAGAAUCAAGAUCACACUGAAGAAGAAACUGUCGAUUUUACAAAAUCUCUGCGUUCUGGCACAGCAGCUGAUAACACUGAGGCAAGAAAGGGGCCAACAAUUCCACAACCCUUCAACUUGACAGAAUCUCGUAAAGGAAAGACAGAAGAGGGGAACAAGUUUGUAUCUGUUGCAGAGCUGAACCUCAAAUUCCACACAAAGACUCCACAGAGAUUCCGUAGUAAGCGAGCUGGAAGCAAUGAUGACCUGAACCAGGAAGGAAGGAAGAAACCCAAUCCAGGAGUGACCAUUCCACACACCCCUAACUUUUGUACUCGCAGCCGCUCUCGUCAAGUUAAUUACCUCACACAUGAAGAAAUGGAACAAAAGGCAUUUGAAGAAGCUCAAAGGCAUGUGUUUAAGGCACACCCAGUAAACAAGAAAGUACUGGAGGCUCCUGCAGGUUAUCAUGUGGAAAAGAAAGUCCCAACAGUUCCAGAACCUUUUGACAUCACAGAUUCCAAGAGAGUUCACCCAAUCAAUUUAAAGUUUCAAGAAAUGUGUAAUAAAUUGAGUGAAUCGGCUCUAUCUGUUGCAUCACUUCCGCAUGGUGGUAUUCCAAGCAAAUGGGACAAGACAUCGACAACAAUUCAACCAUUCAGCUUUGAUUCUCGUGACAAAACUAAACAACAACGCAAGCUAGAAAAUAUUCAAAAGAUUUUGGAGGAAGAGAAGAAGCUCGCAGAGUUCCAUGCCCAGCCGAUGCCAUACUUUGAAAGUGGAGUACGUGGUGUACCUACUAAAAAGCCUCCCACUCCUACUAAGCCUCAACCAUUUGCCCUUAAAAUUGAUGAACGUGCUGUGACUAAACAAGAGCAGUUCCAGAAAUGUUUAUUGGAAGAAGCUAGACUUGAUAAGGAAAAAAGGAAAUUCCGUGCUCGUUCUGAUGCAGUUUUGCACAAGGAACCAUUUAUUCCUGAAAAGUCAAAGAAACCUCUUACUGAUAUAUCGACAUUUGCUCUCAAUACUGAAGUGAGAGCUAUUGAUCGAAAUGAAUAUGAAUUACAUCGCAAGAGAAAAGAAGACGAAAUAUUGGCAGCCAAGAGAGAGCAAGAGGAAAGACAGGCUGCAGAAGAACUGGCAGAAGUGGCUCGAGUGCGUCGAGAAGCUGUCCAUAAGGCAAAUCCUGUACGUAAAUAUAAACCUGUGGUUAUUGAUCACUCGCAGAAUGUGCCUACUGUUCCCAUAUCCCCUAAUUUUGCCACCGAGUCAAGGCUACGAGGGCGGUCCAGGCCAGGUUCUGUGAACUCGACCAUGGACAGUACAUCGAGGACAUUUGUGGCAGAAUGAUCAAGAGGAUGACUUUAAUUUAAAAUAUUAUCACCAUUUUAUACCUUUUUUGCAUUCACAUAUUGUAAGUUACUUGCAUGAUACUCUCAUUUCUGUAGGUUUAUUUGCUUACACAAUGUGUAUAGUCCAUGUUCAGUUUGUGCAUUGUGGAAUUUAUCAAAUUAGACAUAUGGAAAUGUUUUUGUUGCUGUAGAUGAUAUGCAUUUACACUACAAUAUUUUCCUUAUUUUAAUACUUUAAUCCAUUUUUUCAUGUUAUCGAGCCUGUUUUAAGGUAGUUUAAUCAGAGCAUUUAACUUAUUUUCCUGUAAACUUCCUUCCUUAUUACAUAUUUUAUUUUUUAUGAAAAUAAUUGAUCUUAUGGAUAGUUUAUUUUGAAUGAAGGUAAAGUGUAUAGCCCAAUAUAUCCUAUUUAAAUUGUAUUUGAACCUCCUAUUUUUUAAAUUUGAUGAUAGUUGAAACUAAAUAACAAUUUCAUGAUCAAAGGUGUUUGAAGUUGAUAUUUUGCCUUUUAUAUAUAGAGGCAGGUUCAAGGUUUUAAAGACUGCUUGUUAAUUCUUCAUAAAUUUGUAUGUGGGUUCAUAAGUAGUUUUUAUAGACUGCUUUGGUUACCUUCUGCAGUGAUAUUUGUGAAAAAAUGCUGACUGCACCUAUUUGCCUAAUUGGUAUUUUAGAAACUUGUGAUGCUAAUAGGGAGGAUGAUGCCGGGUGCACAAGGAAUGUUUUAUAGCAGCAUUACGGUUCAGGCAGAUGAUAAUGAUGACAGUAUCAUUGACUUUCAAAUUCCAGUUCUUCUUUAUCUGUCCUUCAAUAUGAUUUAGUUGUAUGGUCACUUAGGCAACCAAGUACAACUUUAGUUUUACUUUAGUAUAAUGUUUAUAAUUUUUUCCCCAUCAGCUGUUCAGUUUAUUGCAACUUUUUAUUUAAUGAAUACUAUGCUAAAAUCUUCUCUUGCUUUCAAUUUGGGUAAAUGUGCAAACUACUUGCAUAGCAACUACAUUCCCUUGUCCAGUUCAUUGAAAGUUGAAAUUGUAUUAGCUAUUGUUAACCUUUGUGCUGGUUUGUACAGUACUUGGAAAGCUUCAUUCCUACAUAAUUGUAAUACAGUUCAACAUAUUUGUUGUUCUACAUGGUGAAACGAAGUCAUGAAGUGAGGUACUUUAUUAUUGGUAAAGUAGCUUUUUAUGCUUUUUGAUAACUACUUUUUAUGCUUUGGUGUGUUGGCACAUGCCAUAGUUUUUAAUCUUAAUUACUUGCAUUUGAUUUUGAAAUGUUGCUGCUUCCAUCAGUAAAUGGCUCUGAACCAAAAUAAACUAUUGAAAACUCUUUAGUAAUAAUACUGUAAUGAUAGCUAUUUUUUGUAAAUAAUGUAGUAAUGAGUAUUAUAUUUCUGUGCAUUCCUGAUUGAACAACUUCAUUGAUACUAUCCUGUCACAUUCUAUUUACUUGGUGUAGACUUGUCCAUUUUGGGCAAAAUAAUCCUGCUUUCCCUCACCAGUUUACAGGUAACAGUACUUUUAUUUAAAAACAAAAAACAAAUAACAGCUGUAUAAAGAAAUAAACAUACUGUAUGUAA